AUGGGCAACUCCCAGACCAAGGAGUCGCGAACAUCUACCCCGCGGCGUCGAAGUCAUCAAGGGUCGCCAGGCGCGUCCGAUGCCCCGGGUCGUACAGUAUACCAGUCUUCUCGGUUGGGUAGAGGGAGUCGCCCGGACCUCUCCUUGCUCGGCAUCGGCAGCAGUCAUGACCGUGACGUGGCUGCGCUCGAGCAACGGCGAGAGACGAAACAGGAACGAGAGGCCCGCCGUCUGGAGAAGGAACGUGUAGCUCGUGUAAAGGAGCGGGAGCGCAGCAUGAAAGAGGAACAUGUUGAUGGAGGCUAUCUUGUAACACAGGGUGUCUACGUGGGAACGGAGGACUUCAACAAGGCCGUCGUGCGUCAACUGAUGAUUGAACGCCGACUGGCUCCGUUCUGGAGAGGGCUGAACGACUUCUCUGAAUCAUGGGCUGAGCACCAGCUGAUGGCCGCGGCCCGGGGAAUGUCUAUCCCCCCACCCGACGAAAUCCCACCCGAAUUAGAAUACAUGCUGCCCAAGGCAUCCGAAAAAGAAUCGCGCGAUCCGUCAAAUAUCCAUCAUCUCACGGUACCGAUCACAUCUCGUUCUCAGUCACUUAACUCGGAUAUAUCACAGAACUCGAUCCCCGCCCAGUCACUACCCACAACAUCUCCGAUCGCAUCCGGCACCUCAGCUUCGCCUCUCUUCCGGACCAGAGCGAAGACCCUGGCAGCCCUGACGACAUCAAAGUAUGGUUCGCAGACGGAUUUGACGCCGCGAGAGCUGCAACUUCCCAAGGACCCCUUCGUCAAUGGAUCGCCGAUCGAAGUCAACUUGUACAAAGACGCUAGCGAAUGUCCCAUCUGCUUCCUGUACUAUCCUCCAUACCUGAACCGUACUCGAUGUUGCGACCAACCCAUCUGUUCUGAAUGCUUCGUGCAAAUCAAGCGCCCGGAUCCGCAUCCCCCGGAGCACGGAGAAGUCGAUUCCAAUGCUCCGCCCCAACCGGAGGGCGAACAAGCUGAAACAGAAGGACAGCUCGUGUCUGAGCCUUCUGCGUGUCCUUUCUGUGUUCAACCUGAAUUCGGGGUUACCUACGCAUCACCCCCUUUCAGACGAGGCUUGACCUAUGCUGCGGACCCCAGCGCUCGUCCGUCUCCCAUGAUUACUUCUCCUGUAUCUUCUACGUCCUCUCUAUCCUCAGCAAAUCUUGCUCCGAUAAUAGGUCGUCGCCGUGCGACGUCAUUAUCUGCCGCUGACCCUUCCGUGGUCACAACGGACAAAGUUCGGCCAGACUGGGCCCAGAAGCUGGCCAAUGCCAGGGCUCACACCGCGCGCCGGUCUGCUGCUGCGACUGCCCUUCAUACUGCAGCAUAUUUGAUGAAUACUGGACAGUCAGGAAGCGACAGCCGCCAUCUCGGUCUAAGUCGGAGAGGAUUGCGGAGAGCUACUCAAGGGGAAUCCGGCCGGUCCGGCUCCCCCGCCCUGAAUGCAUUGGCUUUCUUGACUGAUCGACCGGACCGAACACCGCCUCGUCCAGCUGCCCCGGACACCGACUCCGCAGAAGAAGGCGCAAAUAUCGCACCGCCGCGGGAUAGCUCGAGACGCACCCGAAUGGACGAUCUCGAAGAAAUGAUGAUGAUGGAAGCGAUUCGGCUAAGUUUGGCUAGUGAAGAAGAGCGGCGAAAGCGAGAGGAGAAAGAGAUUAAGAAAGAAGCAAAGAGGAGGGAGAAGGAGAAGGAGAAAGAAGCCAAGAAGGCGGACAAGGUGGCCCGCAAGACUGGAUUGUCUAGCAACAAUGCUAGUACCACUACACUAUCGGUUCCUGGUGAAUCUAGGAUAGGUGGCUCAUCUUCGAUUGGGGAAGACACCUCAGCUGGCAAGGGCAAGGCGGUCGAUCGGGCAGCUCCUUCCAUGGCCGUAGACUUCGGCCUGCUCGGCUCAUCAACGAGUGCUCCCAUCGCGGGGCCUAUCCCCGAGAACCCGGCCGCUGAGCAGGCCUUGAGCGCCGAGCCGUCGCGACCUUCUCAUCUUCGACACGUGUCAAGUGCAUCGUCGUCCUUCUCAUCGAUCAUGGAAGCCAAUCCAGAUGAGCGCACGGGAAGUCAAAUUGCCGCAGAUGGAAGCAAUACCUCGUUGGAGCCGAUGUUCAACUUCCGCAGCCUGGCUGAGGUGAUAGGCGACGAAGAGAAGGGCCACGAGUCAGAGCAUGUCGAGGAUAGCUCUGCCCCUCCCAAAGCGGAGGGCUCUUCGAGCGCGACACCCUCAGUCAACCAGCCCUCCGCCGAUCCCUUAGAAGCCGAGUCCAAGUCUGCUGUUAUUCCCCAGGUGGAAAUUGAAGAUAGCUCCCAUGGCAUGCUACCCAAGGAGCUCGAGACUCGCUCUGUCGAGAUUACCGGCACUACACCACACACUGAAGCUACCUAA